UUGAGCAUACGGUCGCACGAUUCAGCUUGUCAAACAAAGGCCAAUACGGUAUUAUCGGCGCAGGGGGCUCAGUAUGUGUUCAUAUACGUGAGAUCAGCAUUUAAAUGGGCUAUGGCUUGUGAUUGCCUACACUCUGUUCACCUAAUCUCACUGAUAUAAAGCAGCUCUCUGCAGUUUUUUUUUCGUGACAGCUUGUCAACACAAGUUGAGAACACGACCGGUGAAGACUCCAGCUACAGUGAGUUGCACGCACUACAACUGUACUAGCACUGUAUAUGUUAUAGUUUACACAAACAAUCUACCUGUGGUUGUGUUAGAGCUAAACGUCAGUUGAACCUAGGCCUUAAGACAGUAAACAGUUGGCACGUUGAGCGCUGUAUAAUAUAGGAGAAGGUAACUGUGGAAUAACAUACCGAGUAAUGGUGCAUUACCAGCAACGUAAUCAGUGCACAUGCACCAACCAGGCAACAAUGGCGGUUCACGCUUGUCUAAUAGUACUAUUGUGCAUCGUUAUAUCGCCAACAAGUGCGUCCGAGCAGGAGGUUCGCGUUAAGAGUAAACUUGGUGAAAUAAAGGGAAUUACGGAGACCCUGAGCAAUGGUAAGCAGGUUGUUAAAUACAUGGCUGUCCCCUACGCAGAGGCUCCCGUGGGGGAUCUUCGCUUCCGCAAACCGGUGCCGAAGGCGGCGUGGGAGGGGGUCUUAGAUGCGACGAAUGAAGGACCGUCGUGUGUGCAAAUGCCUAACCCUACCUUAAGUCAGUUUAUUGAAAAUACGGACAUCUCCGAGGACUGUUUACACUUGAAUAUAUACGUCCCAGUCUCGACGAGUAAAGCCCCCAAAGCGGUGAUGGUUUGGUUUCAUGGGGGUGGCUACGCUUCCGGUCAGGGAUCUAUGUACCCGUGCAGCACGCUAGCAGCACACGGAGACGUCGUCUGCGUUACCAUUAACUAUCGAGUUGACAUUCUGGGAUUUCUCUCAACGAUGGACGAGCAUUGUGUGGGGAAUUUCGGGCUUUGGGACCAACACGAGGCCUUAAAAUGGGUGAAAAAGUACAUCAGCGCGUUUGGCGGAGAUCCCGAUCGCGUUACAAUCUUCGGCCAGUCGGCUGGCGCGUCGUCCGUGAUGUUCCAGCUGGUUUCCAAGCACAACGUUGGUCUGUUUCAGAGAGGUAUCAGUCAGAGCUCAAUGACCAUGUCCAAUGGCUACAGCAUGGCCCAAGAUGCCCAAGAUUUCGCCAAAGAUGUCGGCUUCGCUGCCGGUUGCAACACGACUGAUAACUCAGAUCUGUCGGACCAUAAACUGUUAAUGGACUGCCUGAGAGAAGUGCCCGAGGAAAAUUUCCCUAACAUAACUAUGGCACUAUACGGACCUCUUAUGACUGGCCAUGUAAUGAAAAUACUAAUUGGUCCGGUCGAAGAUGGUGAUUUCGUUCCAUUUGGAAUAAAGGAAUAUUUUGCUUCUGACCAACCGGACAAAGGGGGAUUUUCAGAAAUCGAUCAAGUGUUUAGCAGUUUUGACUUCAUGGUGGGCACAACAUCCGAAGACAGUAAUUUGAUGGUGUGGAUGUGGGCGGGGCUCGCAGAGUCCUGGAACAUUAGUCUCUCAGACGGACUACCCGAAGACAAAAUAAAAAUGCUGCUUGAGGAUCACCUGGACAUUUACUAUCCAAAAAAUCAAAAGGACAGCGCGACCGCCAUCAACGAAGUUUAUUUUAAGAGUGACGAUCGGGUUAAAAACGCCGUCGCUCUAAGGGACAUGUUUACGCAUAUGUUCUUUACGAUCCAUUCUCUGCAGUCCUGCAACGCUCAUAAGAACGCGCUGAUAUCUCCAAAUAAAGCGCAGAAUACACAACGCAGCACGUACAUGUAUGAAUUCUCUCACCAUCUUAGCGGCACUUCAUUUAUGGAAAUCAUGGCGGAAGCAUCGAUGCCUUUGGACCUCCCUGACUGGAUGGAAGGAGCGACGCAUGGAGAGGAGUUGCCGUACUUAUUUGGGUUCGAGAAGUAUGGCAAAGCAUUGAAUAGAUCAGAAUUGUGGACUGCGAAUGACCAAGAGAUAGCUGAUGCCGUGAUGACAUACUGGACAAAUUUUGCCAAAACUGGGGAUCCCAAUUUGGGUGACACGACAACAGAUGUCACUACGAGUACACUACCCAGAUGGGACCAAUACAGCCCCAACACCAAGUCAUAUCUGGACAUUGAUGACGUUGUAACUCCGAAGCAAAAUCCCUACCCGAAUUUCAUGGAACUGUGGUUAAAGAAGAUACCAAAAAUAAUGCAGACAAUUCCUGCAAAGAAUGAUAUGAACAAAAAAACUGAACUUUGACGUUAAAUAUCAGUCACAUUUUCUAUAGAAAUCUACAUCUACAUGAAUGUUUUACAGAUUUUAUAUACGAAAUGGCGUGAUACAAUUCAAACUCUGAAAUUCAAUCCUCAAGAACUCCAAGGUGGAACUUGUGGCAUUACAGAAGCAAAGCAAAUUUCUCAAACAUUAGUACAAUCGGUUCAAUAUUUACCUAAUAUAAAUGCUUUAUCUCUUUUAUCAAAUCAUGUGGUAUUUCCCUUGAAUUUCUUAAUAAGAAUUGAUAAGUUUCUUAGAUUUUAGGACUAAUACUCAUUUAUUAAAUGUUCAAAAUAUUG